ACACGAAUGCGCAGUGGCGUGCACCAUCAACCCUUGUAUGGAAUGGCGCGCGUUCUUUCUGCCAACAGCGGCAGCAGCAGCAGUCGUCGAACAUUCAGUGAGUUGACGAGCUACUCAUGCUGCUGCUGCUGCUGCUGUUGUUGACGUUGUUGUUGUCACCGACAAGCGAUAACGACGUCCUUACGGAGGAUUAAAGGUGCCGCUGUAGGCGCGAAAGUGGAGUGAUCCUGUUUGCGACAGCGCGAGUGUAUUCCGACAAACACUCGUAGAGGCGACCAGAAAGAGACUGCCGGUAGAGAAUAGGUACGAAAGAAAAGAAGUUCCAGCUCCAAGAAUGUCGCUAGAAGCAUUCGUAGCGCUGACAGAGAUAACAUUGGUGCUCUUCAAGCGGUAAUUUCAAGCAGCAAGCGCUGCCAGCCAACCGCUCUCAGGUCCCUUCAGUGCUCCACGACCGCACACGUCAUGACGCAGCAUCCGUCGCAAACACCCUUUCCCCGGCGCUUUUCCUGAAGACCCAUCCGUAAUAGAACGUCUUAGUGGUUUCAGGAACGUGUAGCGUGAUUAUGGCAGACCUCAUCACCACCACGAAUAGAGUCAUACUUACGCUAUAUGAAGCAACCGUUAGAUGAAAAAAACAUUGCGUAAGGAAUAGCUGUGGAUAAUCUAAGGCAAGCCUAUUCUCGACAACGUGUGCCGUAAUCGUCACGGUUAUGAUAGAACUGUUUCGAGAUGUCGCAUGAAAACGAGAUCAGUAAAGCGGAUACGUGCGCUAUAUAUUCCUAGGAUCAUAGGCAGUCAGCGGAAGAAUCGGUAUCAGAGCUGGCAGCCGUAGUAGCAAGCCGACUUCUGACACGUUUUUCUUAAAAGAAAGACAUAGGGUAGGAGAACGGCGAAAGAGGAAGGACGAGGCUGCCGUACCACACAGAAACGCGCCGACGCAUCUCGUCUAUGCCUCAUAUCUGUCCAUUCGUCGCUUUGUCUGGGGGCGGUAAGGGACAAGAUAAGCCUGCCUAUAAAUUUGACAGGCCUUUCUUAUCCACUUGCUCAGUCGCCUCUUUACGCAUUCUUGUGCACUCGAUCGCGCUAUCGGCUGCUUCAGCCGCGAGGCUUCCGAUAGCGUAAUUGUGGAAAUAGCAGUAGCAGUAGCCGGCCUUGGCCGCUCUGUGCGGAAAGCCUGUUGCCUCUCUAAGGGCGACUGCUUGAUGGAACUGCCGCCGCCGCCUUCGCUUGUGUAUGAAGCAGCGUCCCUAUGAGUGCGCGCGUCGUCUGUGUGUAUAUAGGAUUCCUAUGCAGUGGCCCCAGAAGCUGCCAGUCGCAUAGUUAGUCGUCGCCAAAGCUAGUCAACGUCGUCUUCUUCAUCCUCUCUCGAUCGCGUGUGAGAGCGUCGCGCGUGCGCAUCCAUCGCGGCGGCGGCGGCGGCGGUGGCGGCGGCGGCGGCGGCGUCGUCGAUCGUCACAGCGGCCGCAGCAAAGCAUCAACCGGCCCGGCUGAGCUCGUUGCAGACCAGCGGCGGCACUAGCUGGUGCUAGUGCCAAGCGUUCAUCGUGAGCUGCCGCUGUUGCUUCGUUGGUCGCCAGUGGAAAUUACUGGAAAAAGCGCCGAGAGCGUUGGUAGGACCGCAGUCGCCAGCUAGAGCGGCACAGACAGAAAGCGAACGGUGUUGAGCGCAGCGGCGAACGACGACGACGACAAGAGCGAUUGCCACUCCAGAGUAGAGCAUCAGCCGCGGCUGGUGAUAGAAGCAGUAGCAGUGGCGUUCGUUACACGCAGUUCUGGUAGCUCACAAGUUGUUAGUUGGUCGGAGCAAUGCGACGACGCGGCGCACCGUAAGCAGCCCCGAGCUAGCGCAGUUGAGCGUACUCGUAAAGGUAUAUAGUUGAGUGGACCAGCGUGUCUUUUCCUCCCUUUCCUUUCUUGCCGAAAGGAGAGCGUCCCAACUUGUACGGUCGACAGCGCCGAGAACGAUAGCGACCAUCUGACAACGCUAGCGAGCGCGACAUCAAUAACAAACAGUCCGCUUCUAACAGCCACAGUGCGCGCGGACAGUGCGUGAAGUAGGCAUUAAUACUGGUCCAGUCAUUUACGCACAGGAGGAAACCCGCAGCAGCAGUCCAAAGAAAGUAAAGGCAUCACCAUCGUCUGCUUGCCAACUGGUGUGAUCGGCGGUUGAAGACUGACAAGCGGCUUGCAGCCAACGGGUUUUCCUGAUCGGCGCUUUGACAGUAUUACGAAUUUGGGCUUUCAGGUAGGCAGAACAGGGCGCCCGACAUUCGCGAGCACACGACCCCUCGAACCGUUUGGCCGCGUAGUGUUUCCACGAUCACAAUCUCGAACGCUCAAGAUCAUAGCCGCUCGACGCCUGCAGAUCCGCGCCAAGUCGGACUCGUUUGCUGGCCCCAUUUAGUGUUGUUGACGUAUGUAUUAAACCACGCUACCAAUAUAAUCGACGCUGUAUCGCUGCUAGGUUCACGCGACCAUAUAUAGGAAAAAAAAUUGCCUACUUUCUAGCAGAAUAACGGUGCCAGAUCGACAAUUCUGUGUGUUUACCUAGUCCACGAUCGUCGGCAACAAAUUGCAUGCAUAGAUAUCGCCGUGUGAAGCGGAUGAAGUGCGCCAUAUUCGUCUCUAAACCAAUGUGACAUUAAGUUUGUUCGACGCUUCCAACUUGGCCAAUCCAUCCUUUAUUGGAUUAACCAUUCUACCUAACCUCGGAUACUUGCAUGACGAAAUUUCAAGACAGUGAAUACUCAAGAUCACCUGUGGAUACAUAUUUCUGCAUUAAAAAAAAAGCAUUCGUCGUGUACCGGUGUCUCCAUUCACGUCACGAAUCCUAUCAUCGCUUGCUUGCAUUGUAAAAAUUGUAUUCGUGCGUCGGUUGUCACGUGAACUUUUAUUGGUUUCCGCUGUCUCGGGACCUUCCGGAUGCAAAAAUAGACUCAGGGAAAACGACGCCUUGGCUGUGAGUAACUCGUCACGUGUGUGAACACAGCUCACCCUCGCAAAAUCCGCGGUCAUGUCUUUGCUUUCGUCACCAAGUUCUAACUGGUCGCUGCCAUCUAGCCGGUAUUCAGCCGGCGGCGCUUCAGCUACUGGCAGUUCCACGCUGUCUGCUCUGAGCAGUGGCAUAUCGCCCACAACGACAACUUCGAUCGGAUUACGUAGCAAGCCACCUCGAUCAUCUUUGGCGACGCCAACAUCGUAUUUCUCGAGCUCAAGCUCAAUUGACCUACAAUCGCCCACCCGUCGCAAAAUGUUGCUAGGUCGCGAAGACGCCUUCGAACGCAGCGGACCUGUCCGACUCACGAGCUACCGAGACCUCAGUGAGUCUCGCGUACCGACGUGGUCAAGUCGGCUGGAACGACUUGAACGUUCAGAGCGUCAUGAGAGGGCAGAUUCCCUGUCGCGGGGAGUACGCCGACUCUCGAUCACCGAUUUAAGCACUGCCAACUCGCCAUGCCUAUCAAGUUCCAUGAUGUCGACGGCAUCACCGAUGACCUCAGCGAAUCUCGACGUCAACAGCAAUCUCACCCUGAAGAAGGGUCAUGAACGAAGCCUGUCGGGAUGUUCGGCGAUCAGCGGUGAGGCUUUGGCGCCCUCUCCAGCCAGCUCAGAUUCUGGCUUAGGCUCACGAUCAAUUACGCCUUCGUCGUCAUGCCAUUACCGAGCGUUGGGUUCAUCCAAUUCAUCCGUCGACUCGAUUGAUGUUCCAGUUUGUCCACUUGGUCGGCAUCGCCUGCGCAGGGUAUCGUCCGUAUCAGGAGAAAGUUCGUCGGGUAUUAGCGUCGGUUCACGAAGCUCCGCACGAAGCCUCGGAAGCGGAUCAUCGAGCGACACAAAUGGAAACGUGGCCUGCCCCGCCGACGUCGUUCGGGGGCUCCGAAAUCUGGGAAAUUCGUGCUUCAUGAACUCUAUAAUACAGUGUCUUGUGCAUACCCAGCUAGCUGACUACUUUCGAGAGACAGGCUACCGUGUGGAUAUUAAUACCAACUCGCCGAUGCGAGGUGAUCUUGCUCAGGCUUUCGCGAGUCUUGUUGUUUCGAUAUGGAAUUCAAAGGAAGGCCCAGCUCUUUCGCCGACGGAGUUCCGAUCUCAGAUCCAAAAAUACGCCCCUCGCUUCAUGGGUUACGCACAGCAGGAUGCGCAAGAAUUCCUGCGUUAUCUUCUCCAGGGACUCCAUGAAGACAUCAACCGGGUUCGAGUACAGCCACGUGGAACCUGCCUUCCCGAUAUCGACGAUACCCUCAGUGAUCAGGCAAAGGCUGCUGAGUCCUGGCGUCGAUACUUACGAAUUGACGACUCGCGCAUCGUCGACUUGUUUGUCGGCCAAUUAAAGUCAACGUUGCAGUGCGCUGUGUGCGGCCACAAGAGCGUCACCUUUGACCCGUUUUGGGACCUUUCAUUGCCAAUAUCCGACUCGCGCUGUUCGGCACAUUCGCUGCAGCAGUGUCUCGAGUUGUUUACGAAGGACGAAGUACUCGACGGCGACGAAAAACCGACCUGUGAGGAGUGCAAGAAGCGACAGCGCAUGACUAAGCAACUCUCGAUAUGGAAGUGUCCUAAGAUCCUUGUCCUGCACUUAAAGCGCUUCGGUAACUGUGAACGUUACCGCUCCAAGCUCGAUACUAAUGUCCAGUUUCCUUUAAAAAAUCUCGACAUCUCGGAGUUCGUUUCCAGUGGUGGCGAUUCACACAGAUCGAAGUAUAACCUUAUUGCCGUAUCGAACCAUUCUGGAUCAACGCAUUCCGGCCACUAUACGGCUAGCUGUCUGAACCCUCACAACAGGCAAUGGUAUUGUUGCAACGAUGCCAGGGUUUCUGAGAUCAACGACAGUUCCGUAGUAUCUCCGGAGGCGUAUGUGCUCUUCUACGAGUUGGACGGCAGCACAUUCAGCCGCCUGUAGAUAGAUGUAUUGUAGAUGUAGAUGAUAAAUACGUCCCUUUGGGGCCUCUUCGCUACGCACAGUCUCUUUGCACGUCCGUGCAAGGCCCGCUAUCUUCGCCUUCUCGCAAUGCAAUCAAUGAGCUAAAUUCGAGCCACAUUAUCAUACGAAUGAUGUAGCCGCUGCAUUUUAACGAACAACAGCUAGUUUCUGUCUAGACAGUGAUGUCGGAAGUUACGUUACCGACGCCUUUGAGUAAUUAAGCAGAAUGCAGCUUCUCCGUUCGUGCAUAAAGAACACACAUAGACGUGCGGAUUAGCAAGUAACAGUCCAUGUAUCGUCGCUAAUGGAUGUGACCGAUUUGACAGCGCGGGGCGCUUUAUACGAUACUUACAGCGAGCCUCUGAAAUGCAGAGGCAACCAGAGCUGGCGACUGAACUAAUCGAGAUUCCAGGAGACCUUGUCGCAGAAGGCCUAUCAUUUGUUGGAAGUGAGAUGCUACGAUGCUGGCAGCCGUUGAAGAAUCUAGUCUGGCGCUUGUGUUCAUUCAAAGCAGCUUAUCGACGUUUUUAGUAUACGAGGAGGCAAUAGGAACUACAUUGAUAGAAUGAUAAUCUAUUUACAUGUGCUUUUGGGAGCCAGAUCCCGAAGCAAUGACCCGCAAUUAAUAGGGAUACGGCAGUUACUGGAGUACCUGACGCAGAGCGGCUCAGGAAAGAGAGCGAGAUAAUACUGUACAGUAAAUAAAGUUCUCAAGCAAAAUUUGCUAGAAAAAAAAAUAUAAUCUUAGUCAGUUUCACCAUGUGCAGACUUUGUUGCCUUGGCUACGUAUUAUUCCGUCAAAUAGGUCUCAGUCAUAUCCAAAUUUCAUGGUUUUUUUUACUUUUAAUAGAAUCUAUAAUGACUUCAAAAUUACCCUAUCAUAUCUGCCUUUUGACAGUAGACAGAAAAAAAA